UGUGCUUCUACUAUAAAACAAAGUUCAGCUAUUUCCAAUCAAUAAAAACUCAAAAAAAAAAGUUUUUUAAAUACUAGUAAAUACCGUUAUAUAAAAAAAGUGUUAGAAAACGUUUUUCACACGCGCCGUCGGCUUUGCAGCGUGCUGAUCUCCUUGUUGUUGCUGUUGCACUUAUGCAGAAUGCCAACAACAACAACAACAGCAACAGCAGCAACAAGAUCAACUCUAUAUAGCUAUAGCCAAUGCCAAUGCAGGUUAUCAACAUCCGUAAAGCGCUGCAAUCGCCAACGGUGCUCAAAUGUUGAUUUCUUCCUGCCGGCCAACGGAUAUCCGUGCGGAUUUUAUAGCUGCAGCAGCAGCAGCAGCAGCAGCGGCAGCACCAGCAUCAGCACCAGCAGCAACUAGACUACGUUGUACAAUUAAACUCGAAGAGGCUAGCAAAUUGAUGCUGCAACAACAACUACAACCAUAUACAACUUCAAGCAUGUUAAUAAGUCCUGCCUUUGAGCACAUCUUAACUCGAAGACAGCAAAAAUAAAAGAAGAAGAAGAUUUUUGCAGAGAUCCACCAAAACUGAGCAAGCUGAGCGACAAGGGCAACAACAACAACCACAAUCGAACCAGUUAACAGUUAUGAGAGAGAAAGACCACUCACCAAGAAAGAUGCUUCCUAGCCCAAAACAGGGCUGUGUUUACCCUGCCUUAGGUUUAAUACCCACAUCGUAUAUAUCACAUGUACCUUAUGAUCUGUCCGCCUCGACGACGGCGGCAACAGCCACCAGCAGCAUGACGACAACAACAGCAGCGCGACACCAGCAACACCAACAACAGCAGCAGCAACAACAACAGCAGCAGCAACAACAGCAACAACAACAAACACACCAUGGCAACAAGGCGAAGCGACGCAGCAGCUAUGAUCAGCCGCUGGAUUUGCGACUGGCGCACAAACGAAGGCAGCCCGUCAAGCUGGAAGAGGAGGAGACGCUGGAGCCGCAGCCGCUGGAGGAUGAGAACAGCAAUCUGAUUAUGUUCGCCAACGAGCUGGCAGCUCAGCGCAAGGAGAAGGAGCUGAACAAUAAUCACAUAGCCGCCUCGCUGGCAGAUCUGGGCUUCGAUAUGAGCCGCAAGAUGCUGCGCGCCUUGCGCGAAGGCGUCACCACAUCGCCGCCAGCGCCAGCGCCCAAUGCCAUUGUUGCUGCCGGCGUGCACUCGACGCUGCUGGAGGCGAUGACCAAGACGCUGCCGCUACAGUAUCGCAAUGUGUUUGCGCCGCCAGCGACGGGCGCGACAUGUCCCACGGCGCCGGAGUUUGCGUUUCGCCAUCCGCUCAAGAAGAGCGAUCUGAGCUGGGCGCCCAACGAACAGCAGCAACAGCAGCAGCAGCAGCUGAAGCUAGAGCAACUGAAGCUGGACUUGCCCACGCCCACGCCGACGCCGCAUCCGCAUCCGCAUCCGCAUCCACAUCCGCAGCUGCAGGAGUUUCAAUCACGGCAACAUUCGCGCAAGGCCAAGCAGCGACAGGCGCAGUCGCAGUCGCAAGCCCAAGGCCAGCCGCAGGCAGCGGCCGCUGCUGCUGGCAACUCUCUGCCCGUGCAGCGCAACAAGGAUCGCUAUACGUGCAAGUUUUGCGGCAAAGUGUUUCCGCGUUCCGCCAAUCUCACCCGGCACCUGCGCACCCACACGGGCGAGCAGCCGUACAAGUGCAAAUACUGCGAACGUUCCUUCAGCAUCUCCUCGAAUCUGCAGCGACAUGUGCGCAACAUCCACAACAAGGAGCGGCCCUUCAAGUGCGAGAUCUGCGAGCGCUGCUUUGGCCAGCAGACGAACCUGGACAGGCAUCUCAAGAAGCACGAAUCGGACGCGGUGUCGCUGAGCGCAUUGAGUGGCGUCAGCGAGCGCAUGCACUGCAUACGACGCUUCUGCGAGAAUCCCAACGAGGAGUCCUAUUUCGAGGAGAUACGCACGUUCAUGGGCAAGGUCACGCAGCAGCAGCAGCAACAGCAGCAGCAGCAGCAGCAACAGCAGCAGCAACAGCAGCCACAGUCACUGCCAUUGGCAACAUCGCGCAGCUCCGCCUCGUCCAGCUGCUCAGCCUCGCACACGCCUACAUCCUCGCACACGCCCACGCAAUCGGAGUCAGCGGAAACGCUGGCACAGGAGCUGCGCCGACUGCAGGCGGAGCGCGCCAAAUCCGGCGACGACAGUAACGAGGAGCAGCAGCAGGAGCAGCAACUGGCGCAGCAGGCGCGCCAGCUGGAGGCAGAGGCCGAGGAGUCCAAGUGCAUAUUGCAGCUGAAGAAAACGCUGGCCUCCAAACUAUUUCCCACAACAACAACUGCAGCAGCAGCAACGGAAACACCAGCGCUCAAGCAGGAACCUUAAGGGUCAACCUCACACUGCAUCCCGUCCUGAAGCAGACGACAACAAUUUCCUAUACGGUAGAAGCGAGCAGCAAACAA